ACAUGAGCUCGGCGCUGGAGCUCCGAGGGACUGGCUGUGCAGGUGAAGAACAAAACAUGACAGAAACGGACGCCUUCCCCAAGAGAGAAAUGUUUGAUCCAGCAGAAAAGUACAAAAUGGACCACAAGAGGAGAGGAGUUGCCUUAAUCUUUAAUCAUGAGAGGUUCUUCUGGCACCUGACGCUGCCGGACAGGAGGGGCACCAGCGCCGACAGAGACAAUCUUCAGCGCAGGUUUUCAGAUCUAGGAUUUGAAGUGAAAUGCUUUAACGAUCUUAAAGCAGAAGAACUACUGCUCAAAAUUCAUGAGGCAUCAACCUCUAGCCAUGUAGAUGCCGAUUGCUUUUUGUGUGUUUUCCUGAGUCACGGUGAAGGCAACCACGUCUACGCAUAUGAUGCCAAAAUUGAAAUUCAGACGUUGACUGGCUUGUUCAAAGGAGACAGGUGUCAGAGCCUGGUUGGAAAACCCAAGAUAUUUAUCAUUCAGGCGUGUCGGGGAAACCAGCACGAUGUGCCCGUCAUUCCUUUGGAUGUUGUGGAUCAUCAGACAGACGUGCCGGAUGCCAACGUAACCCAGGUGGACGCGGCCUCGGUGUACACACUGCCUGCCGGAGCUGACUUCCUCAUGUGCUACUCGGUGGCAGAAGGUUAUUAUUCUCAUCGGGAAACUGUGAACGGCUCAUGGUACAUUCAAGAUUUGUGUGAGAUGCUGGGAAAAUUUGGCUCCUCCUUAGAGUUCACAGAACUCCUCACACUGGUGAAUAGGAAAGUUUCUCAGCGCCGAGUAGACUUUUGUAAAGACCCAAAUGCAAUUGGAAAGAAGCAGGUUCCCUGCUUUGCCUCAAUGCUAACUAAGAAGCUGCAUUUCUUUCCAAAAUCUAAAUAAUAAGGACUUCACGUCAGUUGAACAUUUUACCUGUCCUUUAACCCCCUACUCACAGGCGUUGCCAUCUCCAUGGUUCUACCUAUAAGAGCAAAUGACUACAAAUGAUUUCAAGUGACAAUUUAUAAUAAUCUUAGCUAUAUUUAAUGAUAAAAAUUUUCAACUACGAAUUUAAAAAGUAAUGGCAAGAUGAUUCUAAAUGAAGCCGAAGAAUCAAAGUGAAGUCAGGCACACUGACCACUUCUUCGCAUGGGAAUGAACGAACACACGACACUUACGAGGAAUCUUAACUCACGUGCUGAACUGCAGCAGCAGAUGCUUUGAUUUUGGUGGACGCGUCCAAGCUCCUUCCAGCAGCAGCUUCAACGAGCCGUGAAAAUCCACAAACCAAAAAAUCUCAAAUGAGAACAUUAAAGGAUACCUGUGUUUUGCAAGCA